AUGACUGUUAAUUUGCUCAAACGUACCAGACAAGUCGGUCGCUCUAAUGAUGAAGAUAUUUCUGGAAAUUCGAUCUUAGACCAAAUUGGGAUACACACCUCGUUUGCUACGGCACAACUUGAAAGCGUCGCUUUCUCAAGUCUGGGAUUCAAUGCCAACCAUUUUUAA